AUGCAAAAAAAACACGACGAAUGGCGACCCCAAAAAAAGGAAAUUGGCCUAGCUAGAGACUACGAAGAAACCUCAGAAACAGAAGACGAAGAAGACCGUUGGGAAGAAUUCUUUAAGCAAAAGUCUCUCGAGUCAGCGCGCUCUGAGGAAUACAUUUUGCUCGGGCAUCUGGUUUCAAUGAAGAACUCAAGGCUCAUGGGCUCUGUGCUGUGUGGGGGAGCCGUAGCAGCGCUUUGGGGACCACGCCCAAUGAUUUUGGCGGAGAGUGCUUCUGUGAAGAGCGGGGCACCGUCGAAGGAGCAGGCGGAGGAGAUGAAGAGGGUUAUGAAGACUCGGCUGAAUCCUAGUUGGAUAUCGGUGUGGGGAGAAUUGUAUCCUUCGUACCUCUUUCAUCGGGUCGACUAUCGUUUUGUAUACAAGAUGAUCUCCAAAUGA